GCUCCAGACUGUCAGUUGUGUCUCAUUAAUCAAGACAGCUUGCUUUAAAGAGAAAACCUUCUGAAUGAAUACAGUCAUGGAUGCUAUGCACGGCUACGGGGUGAGCGCCACCCAAUAUCUGCAGACUCACUACAGUGACGCCCAGGGCUGGUUCCUCUUCGUCUCCUUUGCCGCAGACCUGCGCAACACCUUCUUUGUCUUCUUCCCCAUUUGGUUCCAUCUGAGGGAGUCCGUGGGCAUCAAGCUCAUCUGGGUGGCUGUGGUGGGAGACUGGCUUAACUUGGUCUUCAAAUGGAUCCUUUUUGGAGAGCGCCCAUACUGGUGGGUCCAUGAGACACCCUACUACAGCAACACCUCCAAGCCACAGAUCGAGCAGUUUCCCAUGACCUGUGAGACAGGACCAGGUAGCCCAUCUGGACAUGCCAUGGGAGCUGCUGGAGUCUACUAUGCAAUGGUCACCUCUAUCCUUGCCAUCAUGCUGAGCAACAAGAAGACCAUGUCCAGCACAGCCCUGUACUUGCGAAGUAGCCUCUGGGCGCUUUUUUGGACUGUCCAGAUUUGCGUCUGUCUUUCCAGGGUAUUCAUCGGUGCCCACUUCCCUCAUCAAGUGAUUGCCGGCGUUAUUACAGGCAUGAUUGUGGCCGAAGUCUUCAACAGACAGCAGUGGAUCUACCGGGCCAGUCUGCAGAAGUACUUCAACAUCACACUGUUCCUGCUCUCUUUCGCUGUGGGCUUCUAUUUGCUCCUAAAAGCUGUGGGUGUGGACCUGCUGUGGACCCUGGAAAAGGCCCAGAAAUGGUGCGUCAACCCAGCUUGGGUCCACAUGGACACCACACCCUUCGCUAGCCUGCUGCGCAACAUGGGCACCCUCUUUGGCCUGGGACUUGGGCUUCACUCGCCACUCUACACUGAAAGCAAGAAGAGCGGCAGUGCCCCCUUCAGGAUCAGCUGCAUCAUAAGCUCUCUUCUUCUCCUGCACCUCUUCGAUUCCAUCAAGCCCCCUACCCACACAGCCGCCCUCUUCUAUUUGCUUUCCUUCUGCAAGAGUGCAACUGUUCCUCUGGUCACAGUCAGCAUAAUCCCCUACUGCGUGUCCGGAGCCCUGAGUUUACCGAGCAAGAAGCAGCUCUGAAGUCUCAGAAGGACAAACGAUGAGGCUUCCAUAGGGUUUCCUACCUCGUCCUGAGGUAGAGUCAUUGUCCUGCACAUGUUGUGUUGUCUGCCCUACUUCUGGUCAGGGUUUCUUAAUUAAGUGACAGGUUGGAUCAUGUGUGCUUCAGUAGGGAAAACAAAAACGUACAGGACAGAGGAUUCCAGGCCCAGGGUUGAGAACCACUGAACACAAACUAUUAGCAGUAUUUGGAGGUGCUUCAUUCUUCAUAGUCCAUCAUAGUCCGACAGUAGCAAGCUCAAUGUCAAACACCAACGUGUAGCCGACCUUUGUAGGUAUUCUACACGCUUGCAUUGAAUUCAAGAGACUUUAUUUCUAUCCUCAUAGAAGAAAGCCUUACUUAAGCACUGUUAAGACGUUGUUUAUUACUCAGGACGAUGUUGUAUUUAGAUUAGUGUUUUAUUUAAUCUCAUAACUUAUGUCUUAGUGCCCUUAGGGUGUGUUGAGGAAAGGCUUGGCCUUGAGCCCAAGAGCAUGAAUGCUUUUAGAGGAGGUUCAUUUUUAAGAACUGACAGAGAUGUAAACGGUAUUUUCCUUCAAAGAGAAAAUACUUCCCCAUCUCCAAAUUCCUUGUUUGUCUGUGUAUAUAGAGUUGUGAUUGUUGCAAGUGCAUUCCUUCAAAUUCUAUUUUUGAAUUUUUUUUCCAUUUUUAAUAAAACAUUUAAAACAUACAAAUCAUUA